AUGGUGCGAACACCUCGCGAAGUAGGCGGCUUCAUCGCUCUUCCGCUCCGUCUAACAAAGACGGACGCCUUUCCCCACGAAACUACGCACUACCUCUAUCUCAAGCCGCACGACCCCAAAAUACCUGAAGAAGCCGCGCCACGAUCCUUGUUCCUUGUCAACAUCCCCAUUUCCACGACAGCGCAAUCGCUGAAAGAUCUGUUCACGUCAAAGCUAGAAGGAGGACGGAUUGAGAGGGUCCACUUCUCAGACACGACACCGCACAAGAGUCAGGAGCCAGGCACGAAAAGUCGCAAGCGCAAAAGGAAAACGGUGGAAGAACUAGAGGCGGGACUGGACACAUAUUCUUUGCCGAAGGUGUUUGACACGGAGAUCCACGGGAGCGGUGCGAGUGCUGUCGUGGUCUUCGUGGACCGACCUAGCAUGGAGCUCAGUUUGAAAGCCGCCCGCCGGGCCGCGAAACACGGCACACCGAUCUCGUGGGACGCUGGUCCCGAUGUCACCUCCUUGGGUCUAGCGCGGUACGAGCGCCAUAGACAACUGCAAUUCCCGUCGCGGAAAGAUCUUCUCCGAUCCGUCAACGCGUACAUGACUGCUUACUCGGCUCUCGAGGAGUCGCGCUCUCGUGAGAACGCACGGAGACGCGCCGAGCCGGAUGAAGACGGGUUCCUGACGGUCACGCGCGGGUCGAGGGGCAGUGUGCGGAUGGAUGAGGCAAAGGAGGUGGCGGAGCGGCAAAAAGAGAAAUCUAAAGGAUUGGAGGACUUCUACCGCUUCCAGACUAGGGAACGGAGGAAGCUGGUGCAGGAGGAUAUGAUUAAGAGGUUUGACGAGGAUAAGAGGAAGGUAGAAGAGAUGAGAAAACGAAGGCGGAGCGUGGGAGAGAGUUGA